UACAAAUCGCAAUUGCAAUUGUAAUGUAACGUUAUACGGGACAAUUAUCCUACGUAGAUACCGUUAAGUUAUAGAAGAAAUCUUUAACUGUCGCUUACCGUUCGUACACUAUAUAUCGACACUUCUUUCGACGAGACUUUCGAGUGAACUUGCUCAGUGAAACUUUGGAGGUUAUGCCGGCGAUCUCUUGUCGAUCAUACACAAGGACGCCUCUCGUUUAAAAGUGAUAAUCACGGUAUUACAAAUACGUAAUGGAUGAGGCACUGACUACAUCGCCUACGUUUCAACUACAUUUUUCCAAACAGAUAUAUUGCGUCGAAUUAUCUCCGUACGAAUGGUCUCAACAUUUAAUUUGUAUCGCUCUCGCCGAAGAAAUUGUAAUCGGUACUAUUAAAUUUCAGGAUGAGGAUGAGACGGUAGAAGAUAUCGCUUAUAAUCAUUUUAGAACAUUUCGUCAUGAUACUAGACCUCAUGCUGUUGCUUGGAGUCCAGAAACCUCCUUGAGCGUUGUACCAAAAGUUCUUAUGUUUUGCGUCGCUGGGGCAGAUUUUAAAAUAAGAUUAUAUAGUAGCGAUAUGAACAACAAUACAGUACACGAGAUGGAAGGACAUAAAGACUAUAUAAACUCAAUUUGUUACGAAACUGAAGGAGAGAUAUUGGCCUCGGUAUCCGAUGAUCACAUGUGUAAACUUUGGGCCAUAAAAGAGGAGGACGAGUGUAUUUUUACAUUUUAUUUAACAUCUCCUGGAAUGAGCGUAUGUUUUCACCCUGAAAAAUCUGGCAAGUUUCUUGUAGGAGAAAAAAAUGGAUUGAUUCACAUGUACGACGUACGAAGUCAACAAGCGAUCAUGUCUUUAGAUACAGAUGUUGUUCCCUUAAUGUCGAUCGAUUGGGGACCCAAUCCGUUAAAAGUAGCUGGUAUGGCUGCUGGAAAAUUAAUCCUUUGGGAUACGUCUAAACCUAGUCCGCUUGUACAGGGGGGGAGCCCUUUUCAUAUCGAAGGCGGAUUAAUGGUAAAAUUUUCUCCCGCUUACGAAUAUUUUGUAGCGAGCAUUGGCAGGCCUGAUAAUUUUUUAAAAGUUACAAAUAUAAAAACCGAAGAAAAGAUAAUUUGUGGACAAGUAAAGUUAAUAGGUGGAAUAUCGUGGCACUAUAAACUACCGUAUAUUUGUGCUGCGAGUGACAGAGAAAUCUGUUUUUGGAAGGUGACUUUGAACUAACAACAAUGGUAAUGUUUUGUUAUAAAUAAUAUCAUUAUUUCUUUACAAAUAACAU